AUCACUAGUACAGUUCUUUACUACUCCGUAGACUGCUAAACUACAGUACAGUACGGAGUACCUGCCCGGAAUACUAAUUAUGCCCAGCCCAUCGUAUUCGUACCAAUCCCCCAUUCAUUCAUCCAUCCAUUGUCGGACCUCGACCUUGAAUGGCUUUCUCAUGCUCGGGUUGUACUACCUUUGGUUGUGUGUAUCACUCCACUGGCAAGUUGCAAACCUCAUAGGUUGGAACAGUUUCAACAACAAAGCAAGUGACACGCGUUGGUGGGCCAUUGAAGUGGAGAUCCGAACGCCCGUCAAAAAAAACUUGGACUGGCCGCGAUUCGCUUUGCCACCAGCUCGAACAGUCGAGUCAAAACGAAGUUCUAUUUACAGAAACACCAAGGGUGGGUUUGGGGAGGAGAAGGGGGGGGGGACAAGUGCUUUCUCUGUUACGACAUUUGGAACAGUGAUGAAGAAUGUCUUGGAUUUGAUUUCGUAGGGUGUGUCAGUCAUACUCGAAAAGCGCAUUGAUCAUCAGCCAAUCCCUGCCCAUCGCGUCGGCAGGAUGAUACUGAGUAUAUUGUAGCAUAUCAUAUCGGAAUAUGUAUCUCUUGUGGGGAGAGUUAUAGUUGCUAAAAAGGUAUCGGAUGAGAACGGCCCUGGCGCGAAGCGAUACUCGUAGCUGGGAUGAAAUGUAUGGAUUCAAAUACACAAUGGAGAGAGCCUGCGUAUUCCAGACUUUUCAGUGGGUGGG